CAUGAACAGUGAAAAGAAAAAGAGAGUGGACAAAUGUUGAUCCAUGAAACGAAUCUAUCAACUUUGAACUUUGCCUGCCUUGGGAUUCAACAUCUACACUUUUGUCUUCACAUUCCUUGGCCUUAAACCAUGUAAAGUCAUCACCAAUAUCAUACAUACAUUUUUUAUAAAAAUACAAACUCAUAUUAUAUUAUAAAUUUAUAAUAUAAUAAAUAUACAUAAUUAAUUUCUGCAAUCUUGAAAAUGGAUCCCAAAGGCUCAAACCUACAUCAUCCUCAACAGCAGCCACAUGAGGCCUCAAGUUCAACCUUCUUAGCCCACCCAAACCCCACCACAACAGACAACAUGGGAGAUCACAACAACAAUAACAUCAACACCAACAACCUCAACAAACUUUCUGAAAUCAAAGAUUUCCAGAUUACAGUUUCUGACAAACAAGACUCUGCUACCAAGAAACAACAGUUAGCCCCCAAAAGAACCUCCAACAAAGACAGGCACACCAAGGUUGAAGGAAGAGGUAGGAGGAUAAGGAUGCCUGCUUUAUGUGCUGCAAGAAUCUUUCAGCUCACUAGAGAGUUAGGUAACAAAUCUGAUGGUGAAACUAUUCAAUGGCUGCUACAGCAAGCUGAGCCUUCCAUUAUAGCCGCCACCGGAACCGGGACAAUCCCGGCUUCUGUGUUAGCCGCCACUGGGGCGGCUUCACACGGGGUCUCGAUUUCGGUUGGCUUGCAACACAAGAUUGAUGAAUUAAGCGGGGGCAACAGUAAUAGUAACAGUAAUAGUAAUAUUAAUACUGGUGUCAACUGUAGGACCAGUUGGCCAAUGGUUGGUCCAGCUUUGGGUGUGGGUAGACCCACUACCCAUAUGGCUACGCCUACGGCUAUGUGGCCCGCUACUGGAUUCGGGUUCCAGUCCUCUUCUUCGUCCCCAGGUCCAUCGGGCAACAAUUUGGGCGUCGAAAGCUCGAAUUACUUGCAAAAGAUGGCGUUUUCCGGGUUUGAUUUGCCCGGUUCUAAUAUGGGUCAGAUGAGUUUUUCUUCAAUAUUGGGUAAUCAUAAUCAUCAUCAUCAGCAGCAGCUUCCUGGGCUGGAGCUUGGACUGUCCCAGGAUGGUCAUUUAGGGGUUUUGAAUCAACAGGCUUUGAAUCAGAUAUACCAAAUGGGUCAGACCAGAAUGCAACAACAGCAGACUUCAAAUGAUAAUUCUCAAGGUUCAGAGGGGCAGUAGAAUGUUAGAUGAAUUACUGUAUGAAUAUGAAUAUAUGAUACCACCCAGAUUCGGAGAAUCGAAGCUAAAGUUUAGCACUAUGGGGUUACUGGCUUUCUGUAUUUGAUUGUAUAAUUUGGUAAAAAGAAAGUGAGGGAUGAAGAUGAUGAUUCAGGUGGGCCUGUUAAGCUUCCAUCUUCCCAGUGUUCUGUUACAGGUGUUUCUGUAAAUCAUAGAUUUUUUUGGUUUACAUUUGAUUUUGGUACCACAUAUAGUUGCCUUGCCUGUGGUCUGAUUUUGCAGGGCCAUACUAGUUUGAAUUUGGAUUUGGAUUUGGAUUGGAAUCAUAACAUUUUCUCGUUUGUUUGCAGAUGUAUGCAUGUCUAUUACACUAUACAUUAAUGCCAUAUUUUGAUUUUUAGUUUU